AUGUACAAAAAGAAUAAAUUAUUAUCUUCUGAUGGUCAUGAAUUUAUUGUAAAAAGAGAACUCGCAUUAACAUCAGGAACAAUAAAGGCCAUGUUGAGUGGUCCAGGUCAGUUUGCCGAGAAUGAAACCAAUGAGGUCAAUUUUAGAGAGAUCCUCUCAUAUGUGCUAUCAAAAGUGUGCAUGCAUUUUGCCUACACGGUCCGCUAUGCUAACAGCUCCACUGAAAUUCCCGAAUUUCCAAUUGCACCUGAAAUUGCACUGGAAAUGCUGAUGGCCGUGAACUUCCUAGAUUGUUAA